GUUUUUUCGAUGUAUCUUUGUUUCCAUCACAUUUUUGGUGUAGUGGGAGAUUCGAGGGUGGCAUCCGUGUGUGCUUUUUAGUCUUUUUAUGAUUACCGAGGGGACUGAUGAAUUUUUGUUAGAACAUUGAAGUUUUUUCUUUCGCCGCCGGAAGACUAAAGUAUUUGUGGUUUUAUUCUAUUUCUUUUUCACGAGCUAGACGAUAUUCGUGUACUUCUAGCCAGAUCGGACCGAAUUCGUGGUCCGUUUUCUUCUCAAAAAGGAAAUCUUCUACUAGUUUUAUGCCCGACGCUCAAUAGAUACUCCUAUUUUUUUGGGAGAGAACGAAGAAUAAUUUUCUGCGCCGUAAGCGUAACCGUAUAGAGAUGGAUCGAGUAGGUAUAGAGAUGGAUCGAGCAGAUGAGGUAGAGAGCAUGAAAAUGGCUAAGCCCGUUCUGUUGGAGGACAGCUGGGAAGCUGAGGAUGUCCUGGAGGAGUGCCGUCGGGUGGGCAUUGCCUGCGUGGAGUUGACCCCCGCGGAGCUCGAGAACAAAUCGGCCGAUGAGUUCGUGAAGGAGAGCUGCUUCAUGUGUAGCACGGAGAUUGUUCAACGACAACUCCGGAAAUUCUUCCAUCAAGCCGCAGAUUUGGAGGAGAUCGGCGUGGUGCCCUGCACGUAUCCUGCGGAGUUCUUCUCCUCUAGUACCUCAGCCUCGUCUACUUCCGCCUCAGCAGCUGCUUCUUUAGCCGAAGAGGGCGAGAACAAUCUCUUCAAUCGGAAAAUUUCGAAGCGAAUGCUGAGCUCCCUGUGCGCCGAGCACGAGGAGCUGCCGCUCUUCGUGAAGCCAGCGUCGAAUGACAAGCUCUUUGACGGGGGCGUCGUAAGAGAUGCCGAAGAUUUGGCGAGGAUUUGGGAGCAAGUUCGUUCUGCUUCUGAUGGAACUGGUGGACGAGGAGGUGCGGCGCGAGAAGUAGAUCAUGCUCCUGUGGGUCGAGAUGAAGAAAGAACAAACUGCGAAGUGUACACGGCGGCAGUCGUCAGAUUCGUGGUCGAGUACCGGCUUUUCAUCGGGAGCGGAAGGCUGUACGGCGACGCGGGAAAAUUCUACAAGAUACGGGCGGCUAGGGAGAUGGAGCAGAAGGGAGAUCUUCCCAUCCCACCCGCCGCAUUUCUGGAGGACAUCCUCCGCUGCGUAGGUCCGGAACGGUUCUGGGUAGUCGACGUUGGCAUGAUGAUGUUUACGACUGAGGUAGGGGAAGAUACGUCGAAUACAACGAAGAAGUGGGGAGUGGUGGAAGUGAAUCCCCCCUUCUCGCUCGAUGAUCACGGACUCCCCAUCGAGCCCUAUUGCCAGUACUGCCAGGACGCCUGCGAGUGGAUUCGGAGCCUGCGGACGGAGUAGAGGUCGCGGGGGGGGGAAUGAAGUCUUAUACUUAGACAGCACCCACAUCCGCGACCGCGACCGGAAAGAAUUCCACUGUGUUUCUCAAUCGCGGUAUGUCAACGUCCAGUCGAAAAAUCGCGUCGUCCUUUAGUGAAAUGAGCGAGGUCUACAAUAAGCGAGGUCGCUGUGUAGUUGUCUAUUGAUUCACAUGUGACACUCAAUGUACCUCAAUCUAUGAUAUUAUUUCAUUUCGUUGAUUUAGAAGAGGAUCUCUUCUCCAAUUUAAAUCAUGUCUAUCCCGCAGCUGUAGUGGAGCCAUUCUCAUAAGUUUACGUGAUUGAUAAUUACAUUCGUUGAAGGCGUCCAUGAUCACUGUGAAUGGAGCGAACCGGCGUACUCGGCUACGUAUUAUUAUUCGAGUCACAUCAAGUUCCAACUCGGAGGCGUGUGUGCG